AUGGCGGAACAAGACCGCUACAGUGCACACUUCAGCACCCAGCGCGACAACCCGUUGAGCAUCGCAACGACCGUCGGCAUCUUCAAAAGCACCAUCUUCCCCUCGUUUGCCUUCCACACCGGCCUCUCCCUCGUCACCUACGGCGUCUCCCGGUACACCGACCGCGCAGACGGCAAGGACUGCCUCUGGCCCGCGAGCCAGCUCGCCAACGCAUGGUGGAGUGCCCUGGGCACGCGCGUCGUCUACGACGGCCUCUCCCUGCCCGACGCCUGGGCUCAGCUCACGUACUCCGAGCGCCUGCUCCUCACCGGCGUGACCACCUGGGGCAUCCGCCUCCUCUACCGCAUCGCGUCGCGUGCGGUUAGGCGGGGCGCAGACGACCCGCGCUACGCCGAGGACAAGCGCGACCCCGGCUUUUGGAGCAAGGCUUUCCUCACGCAGUUCCUGCCUGAGGCUGCCGUGCAGACCCUCAUCACGCUCCCGUUCACGCUCCCGUUCCGCGCUGGCCUUGCGAGGGCGCCGCUGCCAACGUACGCGAAGCUCGCGCAUGCAGCGGCGGUGUUCCUCUUCUCGUCUGGGUACGCGUUGGAGGUACUGGCCGACACGCAGCUCGAGACGCACAAGCAGCGCACGGGCGACAUCGUCCUGAACCGCGAGGGCGUAUGGAGCAUCGUCCGGCACCCCAACUACCUCGGCGACGCGCUCGUGCACUUCUCCUUCCCCGUCCUCCUGUACAGCGCCGGCCUCCUGCACCCGCUCGCGCUCCUCGGCCCGCUCGCGAACUACGUUUACUUGCGCGUGCUCGGCGGCGACCGCGAGACGGAGCGGUUCCAGGAGGAGGCGUACAAGGCGGACCCGCUCAAGUACGAGCAGUUCCGGCAUUUCCGUCGCGAGAAGAACAGUUUUUGGCCCGGCCUGAAGGAGCUUGCGAAUGGGUGGACGUGGGCGAUCGUGGCGGUCGGCCUGGGCGGCGUCGCUGUGGAGAAGGGGAUGCGCACGUGGUUGUGA